CAUCAUCCUCGCUCAGCUAGUUUGGUCUAGUCAAAAUGGCGAACCUCUUUUAGGGGUCGAGUGUGAACUCCUGUCACAUUUUCAUCAUUAUUGGGUGGUUUAUUUUCUACCUUUUUGAGCUAUCCUGACAACUAUGUUCACAAACGUAGCUCUGCGAACUGUUCUGAAGUCGUCAGUCGGUGUUUUACGGGAGAGCGGAGCUCUGUGCUCGGCACUGUCUGCGAGUCGCUGGACGUGCAGCUCGGCGCUGAUAUCAGGACCGAGAGUCAGCUGCGUCGCAGGUAGCUUUGCUCUCCCGCCACCGGUGAGACAUUAUGCUCGGGCCGCAAAGAAAAAGAAGACGGGCCCCGUGAGCCAGCUCAGUGAUCUUCAUCCAGCGAUGCUGAGGCUGGACUACGCAGCCGUGCCCCUCGCUCAAACGACCGAUGACAUCAUCAAAAGACUUCUGUCACUGGAGCUCGCCAGAAAUAGUGAUAAACUCAAGCUGAAACAGGAGCAGCUGAUUACUUUAGUCCAGAGGGACGAGGACGACCGCAGCUCAGUGGAAGUCCAGGUCGCUUCUUUGACCGCAAAAAUCCGAAACUAUCAGGAGCACUUGCUAAGACACCAAAAGGACAAAGCUAACAAGAGGCGGAUGCUCAUGGCCAUUGAUCGAAGGAAAAAGCUUUUGAAAAACCUGAGGUUGGUGAACUAUCACGCCUUUGAGAAAGUGUGCGAGCAGCUGGGCAUCACCUACACGUUCCCUCCAGAGUACCACAGACGGGUCACUCGCCGCUGGCUGGCCAAGAAGGCCUUCUGCAUCAAGGUCUUUGAAGAAGUGCAGAAGCAGAGAGCAGAGAAGAGGCUGAAGAUGAAGGAGAGUUUAGCCCCCGCUGACGCAGCCAAGACAGCAGCUGUUCAGAGCCAAUGAAAGACGACGUUCUGUAUAUGACAACAAUUGAUUCUAAACGCUUUACUUUUGCAUCUUCAGAUAUGUCCCACGUGAGCAGAUGAGUCCCUUUGUAUCGUGCGUUACCGUCAUACAAUGUUAUUUUCCUUUGCUAUCAAGCUGAUGUCAGAAUUAAAUGGAAAUAAAAUGUCCAAAAAA